AUGUCGGCCACAGAACAGAUGGCGCAAAUGCUAAACGAACUGAUGGGUGUAAAACGAAAUGCGGAUAUUGGUGAUACGGAUGAGCCGGAUUUCGACGAACCUGAUGUGUGCAAGAAUUUUUUAGUUGCAUUCUGUCCAAAUGAAAUGUUCAGGAAUACGAAAGCUGAUCUCGGUUUCUGUCCAAAGAUUCAUGAUCCAGCUCUACGACUAAAAUAUCGUGAAAGCAGUCGUUUCGAGAAAUUAGGGUAUGAGGAAGAGUUUUUGAAUAAAAUCCGUCGUCUGGACGAUGAAGUACGUCGAAAAAUUGAAAAGAAUGAACGUCGUCUUGCUAUGACACAACCAGUUAUCAAAGAUGCUUCAAAAGAAGGCGGUGAGGGUGAAACAGAUGCACAACGCAGGCAAAAGGAACUUAUUUCUGAGCAACAAUCCAAUCUGUCUGCCAAAAUCAACGACUGUAUGGAAAAAGCCGAAGCCUUGGGGGCACUGGGUAAAGUGGAUGAAGCGAAAGAGCAAGUACGACAAGCAGAUAAAUUCAAGCAAGAGCGUGCAGCUUUGGAUCGUUUGCUGGCACAGUCGGCGAAUCCUACAAGCCAUAUUGAAGAUCUCGCUAAUCAGCUUUCAAAACCAAUGGAAGUUUGCCAGGUUUGUGGAUGUUUUAUGCUUGUAAAUGAUGUGCAACAACGAAUAGAUGACCAUUAUGCCGGUAAACAGCAUAUGGCAUAUGCAAGGAUUCGGGCGACAAUCGAAGAAAUGGAUCGAAAACGGGAAGAAAAACGAAAGGGAAAGAUAGAGCGUGAAGACAAGGAAAGGAAAGAUCGUGAGAGGAAAGAACGAGAUGACAGGGAACGACGGAAUGAAAGAGAUCGAGAAAGAGAGAGGGAUCGUGACAGGGAGAGAGAUAGAGAUAAGGAUCGAGAUCGAAGACGGGAUGACAGAGAUCGUGGGCAUCGACAUCGUUCCCCACGUACACGGCGAGAUGAUGAUCGACGCUACGACCGUCAUUCAGAUCGACAUCGAGAUAGAAGAGACGAUCGGGAUCGGCAUAGACGAUGA